UCCGCGGCCCUCGCCAUGGCCACGCUGCGGCAACGCAUCAAGGAGGCGACCGGGGUCCUUGGCGGCGGCAGCCUGAUCUUCGCCUCAUACCUGGUGGCCCGGGGAGACGAGGGCUUCUACGCGAAGUGGCUGAUGCCCACCCUGCAGAGGCUGCUGGGCCCCGAGGUGGCCCACACACUGGCCGUGCGCUUUGCCGCCCUGGGGAUCUUGCCGUCUUGCAGCCAGGCCGACUCGGAGGCCUUGGAGGUGCGAGUCUUUGGGCGGCGGUUCCGGAACCCGCUGGGCCUGGCUGCAGGCUUUGACAAGCAUGGCGAGGCUGUGGACGGGCUCUACAAGAUGGGCUUUGGCUUUGUGGAGGUGGGGAGCGUCACCCCUGAGCCCCAGGAGGGGAACCCCAGACCCCGGGUCUUCCGGCUGCCAGAGGACCAGGCCAUCAUCAACAGGUACGGGUUCAACAGCCAUGGGCAUGCCGUGGUGGAGCGCCGGCUUCGGACCCGCCGAGAAACUCAGCGUCUGCUCAGUGAAGCGGGGAGGCCCCUUGGAGUCAACCUGGGCAAGAACAAGGGCUCUGCGGACGCAGCGGCCGACUAUGUGGCGGGAGUGCGGGUGCUGGGUCCCCUGGCCGACUACCUGGUGGUGAACGUGUCCAGUCCCAACACGCCGGGGCUGCGGGCCUUGCAAGGCAAAGCAGAGCUGCGGCUCCUGCUGGCCAAGGUACUAGCCGAAAGGGAUGCCCUGACAUCCGAGCACAAGCCAGCUGUACUGGUGAAGAUUGCGCCGGACCUGACAGCCCAAGACAAGCGGGACAUUGCCAGCGUCGUGUCUGAGCUAGGCGUGGAUGGACUGGUGGUCACCAACACCACCGUGAGCCGGCCCAGCACUCUCCGCGGGGCUCUCCGUGACGAAGCAGGGGGGCUGAGUGGGGGGCCCCUCCGCCAGCUCUCCACGCAGACCGUCAGCGAGAUGUACUCCCUCACCCGAGGACGCAUCCCCAUCAUCGGGGUGGGCGGGGUCUGCAGCGGCCGAGCUGCCCUGGAGAAGAUCCGCGCAGGGGCCUCCCUGGUGCAGAUGUACACGGCCCUCACCUACGGCGGGCCACCCCUGGUGGGGGCGGUGAAGCGGGAGCUGGAGGUACUCUUGAGGGAGCAGGGCUUCCGAAGCGUCCAGGAUGCUGUGGGUGCGGACCAUCGCUUCUGAGGACUCCUGGCACGGGCUCAGCCUGACGGCAUCAACUCUCUUCAGCACAGCGAUGCCGGCUGGCUCUGGACGGGCAGAGGGGCCUGGACGCUGCCCGUGUGUGUGUGUGUGCGUGUGUGACUUGCAGUCUGGCCGGCCUCCUCUCUCCUCUGGCGAGGGGGCUUCUCCAGCAUCCGCUGGCCAGGCAGGGAAAACUCUUGCAGCCUGGCUCUCCGUGACCCCACACAGUAUGAGCAAAUAUUGGCAGUAGCGGAAGGCGUUGGCUUCUUUGAUCAGAGAUCAUGUUGCAAGGGCGGGGGCGCGCGCUCCCGUUUGUUGCUGCGUAUCCUUGGGCCAAGAGGAAGAGCCAGAGAAGAAAUUCUCUUGGCCUGCAACAACCCAGACAGUCAGUUCUGCAGUACUGGGGUGGAGGGGUGGGGGGAAGAGGAGGAAAGUCCAUUCUUUGAGAGGAUUUAGCAGGAGCACAGCCAAAAUAUGCUCCCGUCUUCUGUUUGAUGCCAAUGCCCAACUGCCUGCCUUGAGCUUUGGAAGCUUGUGAGAAUGGAUGGAUGGAUGGGGUGUGUGUGGAUGGGCUGGCCAGCCGGCUGGCCUCCAGUGAACCAGGCGCUGUGACAUAUGUUGCCUGGCCUGCAGCACUCCCGCCCAGGACCAUCACCCUUGGAAGGCUUUUCAAUAAAGGCAUUGUUUUCCCAUCA